UAAACUUUAAUCAUCUGUCAAAACGAAACUGUCAGAAUGACAUUUGUUCAUUCUCCCAUCAAUAACAAAAAAUAAUAAAUUUGUUUGUAUGUGAAAACAGCCCCAAAAAUGAAGAUUUUGAUUAAGAGCAUACGCGGGGGCAGCUGCAUGGUGGAUGCCCAAGAGACCACCACAAUUCUCGAAUUGAAGAAGAAAGUAGCCACUGAUAUCAACAUUCCCGUGGCACAACAGACCAUGGUUGUAUGCGGGAAGACGUUACAAGACGACAAAACAGUGGGUUCGUACCCCAAUCUCAAAGACGGGGCUAAAAUCUACGUUGCUGUGAAAAAACCAGACACACUCAAAGCAGCCCUGACGCGAUUCCUCCGCCAAUACUAUUCUGACCAACAAUGCUCCGCAAUUGUGGACGAAUUCAUGAAAGACUUUCAAAAUAAAGUGAACAAUUUGAGUCUGGAUGAUUUGGAGAGGAUAGCAAAAGCGGACAUGGACAAUAGCACAUGAUUCAUUUUUGUACCUUUAAUUAAUAAACUGUAUUAAAACCUACUACAAA